GAUGCCAUUAGAUGAGGGGAAGAGUGACAUGGAGCGUCUGGGUGUCUUCAAAGAGAUGAGCUACAUCUCUAUAGGAGACAAGUACACCCCACCCACCAACCGUCCAUUCAAUGAGUCUGCCUAUCGUAACCGGCAGAUUCAGGCAGGCAUCGCUAAACAGCGCUGUGCACUGCAGAGCGGCUUUUUCGACAAGUCAUUUAAACGGAUAUUUGAAUGCGAGGCACUGAGUGACCCGGUGAGACUUGCCCAACAGAACCGCAUCCAGCAGACCAAGAAGAACCUGGGGAAGGCCUUCCUACCCUGUAAUGGGAUCAAGAAGACCUGUGGUUCAGGUAGUUACUACGGGACUCUAUCAGGACCACUUGAAGCCAUGAGUCCUCAGUCAGUUGCUCAGAAGGUUCAUCGCUCACCUGGACGCAACAUCGUCACUUCACCUCCCAAGAAAGGCAGUGGUUACAGCUAUCCUAAUGUAACACUGUCCAGAGUGGAGUUGUAUGCCUCAGACCCCUACGACAGAGCCAAAGAAGCACUGAAGAAGGAGGCAGCGAUCCAUCGCUCUAAGUUUAGGGACGGCCCCUUCAAGCUCAACCUCCAUCCCAGAGACUAUUUCCAGGGCAACCCAUACCACAGUGACAAGCCACUCGCACCAGCACAUAAGCCCCUCCCACCCGCACAGAAAGUCUCCCCUGCUCCCUUCAAGCCCUCGUCCCCCAGUAAACAGAUUGGAGGAAUGAAAGCAGGGACAUUUGACAGGUAUCCCUCACAUUCUGCUGAUCCAUACGUCCUUCGCCGUUCCAGACCGACCAAUCAUGAACCAAUCUUCCGUCCUGCACCUGGUCCUAAGAGCACACCUGUCAAGAGUAUCAUCACUGUCAAUGUUAACAGGAGUGUACAUUCUGCAAACUACACUUCAACCAUCCCAGCUGUGAUGACCUUCUGACUACAUUACCCAUACUGCACCAACAUUGGCUAACUUUUCUUUUUACCCGCUGUAUAAGUUAUUUUACUGCAUUUGUUUUACCACCUGAGUGCUUUAAAAAGUUUGUAUUCCAACAUGAAGACGAUACAGCUUUUAGCAGUGGAUUGAUUUAUGUCUCUGAUUACUUUUCUCUUUAUAGCAUAUCUUUGCGUCAUGUUCAGGAUGUCACACAUAUGGUAACAAACGAGAGCUCAAUAAAGUUGAGAAGAGUUACUUUAGUCUUCAGCUCUGUAACAAGAUGUUUUUUUACUAUGAAUGGAAAUAUUA